UUGUGUGGUAAGGGUGCGUGGGAUGGUGAAAGGUUAACGCAACCGGAAUCCAGUCCUGGACCGCCCAAUCGCGCUGUCGUUGUACCGGUCCCAGUGAAAGAGGGGGACACGAAGGAAGUAUGCGGGGUCUUUUGAAAAUCGGCUUCGGUUAUACCAUCACACGAAUAUCGGUGGCAGUUACGCGCGCUCGCGAUUGUAGUACGGAGGUCUCGUUAGUUGUCGGAAUUGUCGAGACUUUUAUCAGCUCGAGUGAAUUUUUGGAAUCGCGCUCUUCUCACAGGCGAUAUUUUUAAGGAGCAGUUAUAUCGUGAGAAAGGGUGAUUGUAUUACGAAGAAAGACAUUUGACUCUAAAAGAAGAAGAACGGAAGAUUUAGAGAAAAGAUAGAAAUAGCAAAAAGACAGAGUGUAUUAAGUGCGGAUUAUUCGCAUAAAACAUGGAACUCAAGUCUCAUAGUAUAAGAAUGGCCAGCGAGAAUACCAACUCACCAGUCUUCGGCACAUGUUCCAAGAUACUUGAGAUACUGAAGAACGAUAUAACAUUAAGACGAACUACAAAAUAAACGAUCCGACACAAUUCAUGUAAUUUUUUUCGUCUAUCGCGUGUGUGUCGAUUGGUGAAAGUGAAAUAUUGGAACGUGAUCAAAAGUGUAUGCCUUUGUAAGGAAAGUUUUCAUUCAGGAUGACGAUAAAGUCAACCGACUUCGAGAUGCCGUAUGUGAGAAGAACGGGUCUUAACGGCCGAUUAGCAUUCGCUAUCGCAGCGGCUGCUCUCGGUUCAUCGUUCCAGCAUGGAUACAAUACCGGUGUGGUUAAUGCCCCUCAACAGCUUAUCGAAGAUUGGAUCAAAGAUCUGAAAACAAACCGCACGGGCAUCCCAACGGAAAAGACGGAAGUGACGUUAAUUUGGUCGUUGGCAGUGUCGAUCUUUUGCGUCGGUGGAAUGAUAGGGGGUUCCAUGAUAGGCUGGGUAGCGGAUCGUUUCGGCAGAAAGGGCGGUCUGCUGCUGAACAACAUCUUGGUCCUGGUGACUGUGAUCUUCGAAGGUAGCGCCAAGGCGGCGAAGAGCUACGAAAUGAUAAUCGUUGGCAGGUUCCUGAUCGGUAUAAACUCUGGGCUGAAUGCUGGCCUGGCACCAAUGUACCUGGCUGAGAUUUCACCUGUGCAUCUACGUGGCGCCGUGGGCACCGUCUAUCAGCUAGUCAUCACCAUUUCGAUUCUGGUAUCGCAAAUCCUCGGUCUGGAGCAAGUCCUUGGUACCUCCGAACAAUGGCCGUUGCUACUAUGUUUGACAAUCGUACCAGCGAUCUUCCAGAUAUGCACGCUGCCUCUCUGUCCCGAAAGUCCCAAAUAUCUGUUGCUCAAUCGCGGCAAAGACAUGGAUGCACAAAGAGCGCUGUCCUGGUUACGUGGCACGAUCGAAGUUCAUGAUGAGAUGGAAGAAAUGCGAGCAGAGUACGAGUCAGUGAAACUGGUGCCGAAGGUCACUCUGCGCGAACUCUUUGUAAAUCCAGCGCUUCGUAUCCCGUUAUUCAUCUCGAUCAUGAUUAUGUUCGCCCAACAGUUAUCCGGCAUAAAUGCCGUCAUGUUUUUCUCGACGAAGAUCUUCAGGAUGGCGCAACUCGACAAGCAUGCCGCUCAGAAUGCCACGAUGGGAGUCGGCGCUAUGAACGUCUUAAUGACCAUCGUCUCUUUAGUAUUAGUAGAAAAAGCAGGCAGAAAAACACUACUCUUGGUCGGAUUUUCCGGCAUGUUCGUGGAUACCGCUCUACUCGCCAUUUGUCUCGUAUUCGCUGAAACCUCACGCGCAGCAGCAUACUUCUCGAUCGUGCUUGUCAUCAUGUUCGUCGUCCUAUUUGCCACUGGACCAGGAAGUAUUCCGUGGUUCCUAGUGUCAGAGUUAUUCAAUCAAUCCGCCCGACCACCCGCUACCUCCAUCGCCAUCGCCGUCAACUGGACCGCAAACUUCAUCGUCAGCAUUGGCUUCUUGCCACUGCAGGAGGUACUAGGCGCUUACGUGUUCAUCAUUUUUGCAGUGUUGCAGUUGUUCUUCACGCUCUUUAUAUACAAGAAAGUGCCGGAAACGAAGAACAAGACUAUGGAGGAGAUUAGCAGUAUGUUUAGGCAAAUAUCGUAUCAGUGAGGAAUACAAGAUGGGUAAAAUAUUUUUCUCAAAAGCAAAAUCAGGAAUGAAUAUAAGUACAUUCGUUUCUCUUUUUCUUUUUCUGCGUCGAAGAAUUCAACGGUUUCGCGAAAAUGGCACAUACUAUUUUAUGAUCUAUUAACGCGCUUCCAACAUUCUGUCCAUACGCAACAUCAAAAUUCAUCGAAAAGAUACUUGGUGAAUAUUUGUGCAUAACCAUGAUGUGUGCUACGAUGUAUUCGACAUAGUUACAUCCCGCAAUCGUGCCAAUCUGGAAAACUUAAUUUUAUGUUAUUUAAUUAUUCUACGUUUUUAAUUUAAUUUUUAAUUUCUUUAAUUCGGAAACUGUAUCCCAAGUCAAGUUGCACGAACACGUGCACAUGAUCGCUUUGGACUUUAAAUUGUAAACUUAAUCUUAUAAUUAGUUCCUAUGUAUUGCGUCUGGCGAAGAAAAAGUCGCGAGAGGAACAAUCGAAAUGACGCGAAACAGCUUAGAAAACAUGAUUCUUUCACGAGUUCUUUUCGAACAAUAAUUUGUUCCUUGCUUUAGGGACAAUAUAAUGUAUUACUUGCCAUUACUUGUACGAGUACGAAAGACCAUAACUCUAGUCAUGAAAAAACCUGUAGAUGGAAUAUAUCCACACAAUACAAUUCUCUAAGAAAAGUCCUAAGGAUAUCCUUAAGACGUAGAUGUCCUCUGUAUGUCCUUACGAUAUCCCUUGAAAAACUAUGUUGUAUGAGUAAUCUUGAAAGAAUCUUAUACGCUGGUUGAUUUUAUUUUUAUUAUCGAACCUACGAUUUAUUUUACAGAUUCGUACCGCUUUGCUAAGCGAAUUUUUAAUGCAAUAUAUCACGUGAAAUAUACUAUAUUUUAAAGAAAUUAAUAAUCGAGUACAAUUUUAUAGAAUAACGGUUUUACAAUAGCGCAUAAAAAAACUUGCGUUUUCCCUAUCGAAUUACAUUACAUCACGUUAUUGUAAAAGAAUUUAAAAACUAUUGUUACAAAAGGAAUAGAACUGAUUGUGUCGAUGAAGAGCGUAUCAAUUGUCUUUUUAUGAAAUAAUUUAUAAUAAAAAUUUAAAGAAUAUUUUAUUAUAUGUAAACUGAAACGCAAGUUUUAUUCAAACGAGAACGGAAAGAAUGAUGUUAGGAUAAUUGUAAAUAAAUACAGAGAUAUGUAAAGAUUAGUAUUGUGCAUAGCGUAGGUAAUAAUUAUAUUUAUGUAUGCAUAUAGAUUUGAUUAAUGUGUUUAAAACUAUAUCAACAUCAUAUUUUUAAAUUAUUUAGAUUAAUUUUAAUAGUGUAUACAUAUAUGAAAGGAAACAUGCGAUAUAUUGAACGUAACUCAGGAAUUUACGCUGAUCGUUAUCUCGUAAACAGCAGAUGGAUACAAUGUUUUAUUUUUUACGCUGUAUCUUUCCGUAUCUCUCAAGGAAUACUCAUUUGUAACCCGUUUUAGUUACGUAUAUUAAAACUCAUUGAUGAUACAUAUUGUACAACAAAAGGCAUCUAAGUUUGAUAAUUCGUUAAAUAAAUCAUCGAUUUUUAUCUACUUUGUGUAAAAUAUAUCAUUUGAAAAAAAAUCUGAUCGAUCGAGAUUUUUCACUUUAGUAUGUAUAUGAUUAGUACGUUAUAUGUAUGAUUUAGUAUAUUAUCCACACUAGUAUGUACAAUGUAUGCAAAGUGUGUUAAUCGCAAACGAUUCAACUUGUCGCAAAACUGUAAAUAAUAAUAAUUCUCAUAUCUUUUAAUUAAUUGAUCGCUAAUUAUCAUAUAAGUUUUUGCAACGCAAUUAUUAGUAUUUUAGAUGAUUUUUUUAUAAAUAAAUCUGUAGACUCUUGCUCAAAAGGAAUCAUUAACGUUAAAUUCGGUAAUUAUCGUUUGUACGUGAAGAAUUAUUUACUAUAAUUGUGACAAUACAUCAGAAUUUAGCAUCCCUAUUCAUAUGCCUGCCUACAAAAUGUGUUAUAGUUUUAUAAUACUCGAUGCCAAUCAUCCAAAUAAAAAGGAAUAUCAAGAGCAAAA